AUGGGAGUAAAUUGGCUGCUAGCCAACUGCAAGAAAAGAUCGAAGUGUGGUCAGCGUCAGUUGUGUGUGGCAGGAGUGUCGGGCGUGGAGUGCGCCAUCUCGCACGAGCUGUGCCUGACGCCGCAGGACGUGGGCGCGCUGCUGCGCUGGCGCCGCCUCGUGGCCUCUGCCGCCGGCGCAGCCUUUCGGCCUGUCUUCCCCAGGCCCGACGCGUCGCCCUCGCUCCACAGCCUCGUGCACGCCGUCCACACCCACAUGCUGCGGGACCCGGACAACCACUUCCGAGUCGCCAAUCAGCAGCUCAGGGAGAGCGGCCGCCACUGCACGGGGGACCUGCACGCGCUCAGCGUCGCCCUCAGCCGCACGCCAUCCUUUGCCAGACUGUUUCAAGAAGCAGAGGAUCUGGCAGAUACAACCGCUGAGGUUCAACGAAAUUGCUCGGAAGAUCCGGCGGCAGCGGGGCUGUUGCGGUGGCUGCGCGUGGAGGCGGCGGAGGGGGCGAGCGGCGCGUUCGCGCUGGAGCCAGCGUUCUGGCCACUGCGCGCGCACUACAACGCCGCGCUGCCCUACCACGCCGCCACCGUCCGGGUGUCCGCCGAGCCUCUGCACUGCGCCGCCACCGCCAGGAUACACCACCGCGCGGGUCCUCUCCAAUCUGCCAACUGUACGCUGGGAGUGGGAGAGAACCGCGUAACUGUGGUGGUGGAGGCCCCUGGAUCGCCGCCCGCCGUCUACACGCUACUGCUGCAGCGGCGGCCCGCCAGCUUCGGGGAACCGCCUUUCCACCCGGCACGUAACUACUCCGUCUGCGCACUGCGUCAGGAGUGCGAGUACCAGUUCUCGCCUGGCGAGCCGUGUGGUCUGCAGCCCGAGCCUCCGCCGUGGUCAGCGCUGCAUCGGCGCGCCCUAACGCUGCCCGCCUGCGCCGCCGGCGACGCCUUCGGUGAGUUCCGCCCUCUUCUUCAAUCUUCUGCAGUAGCGUACUGA